UUCAUAAGAUUUGUCAACUAGUUGGUUCGAAAUGUUGAUAAAAGUGUCGGUGUUGAUGCUGCUUGCUGCCUUCCAAUGCAAGGGUGAAAAGUCUAACUCUACAAGCGAAGGGCCACAUUGUGAUCAAUUUGGAUACGAAGUUCUCCAGGCUGGAAUGGAUAGCAUCAACUUCAAUAUGCAACAGGAUUACCUCCGUUCGAUCGAGUACCAGCAGAAGCUAAAGGCGGAAAUGGAAGAACUUCGCAGAACGCUUCAGGGCACCGGAAAUUAUGUUGCCGUACAAACGAAAACUUUGGCCGAAGUGCAGCGCGAUCUGGUUAUUAUGGCACUGAAUGUUUCGCUUCUGCUCAGUGACACCGGAAAAAUCAGCCAAACUCAACAAGUUCUUCCGACGACCGAGAUGAUGAACGACUUAGUUCUGCAGCUGUUGGCUAAUCACACAGAUUCCAAAAACAGAUUCAAUACCAUGACUCGAAAAGGGGAACAAAAUAUUCCUCAAACCUGUUCAGAUGUCGCGGGAAGUCGCUCGGGAGUCUAUCGAUUGCAACCUCAAUCGGGAUUCCAAGAAUCUUUUGAGGCGUUCUGUGAUCAAGAAUAUGAAGGCGGAGGUUGGACGGUGAUCCAAAAUCGAUUGAAUGGUUCGGUGAACUUUUUCCGAGGCUGGGAAGCUUACGAGAAGGGCUUCGGUGAUCUGCGUGGAGAAUUUUGGCUUGGGCUCAGCAAAAUGCAUGAGCUGUCCUACUCCAAGCCCCAUGAGCUGCAUAUCAUUCUUGAGGAUUACGAAGGAAAGCAGGUCGUGGCGAAGUACGACAGUUUUCAAGUCCCGAAGAAAAGUACAAACUAUCGUUGGGAACUUUCAGUGGUGAUGCUGGAAAUUCUCUAGAAAAACACAACGGCAUGAAAUUUUCCACUAAGGAUUCCGAUAACGACACUUGGAGCGAAAAUUGUGCUCUCAAAGCUCAAGGAGCUUGGUGGUUUUAUGGAUGCCACAACAGCCAUUUGAACGGUCGCCAUCUGAAAGGCAAAGUGGCAGAAGCAGCUUGGUCAGGAAUUCGGUGGGAUGGAUUUCGUGGAAGCGAUUAUUCGUUGAAAAGCACGAGAAUGAUGAUUCGUCGUUUAUAACUUAUUUAAGGCCUCAGUCAAGAACAUUUGAAGAAAACCACAUUCUACAGAUAAGUUGAAGUUAUCAAAAAGUUGAUAUUCAUUGUAGUUUCUUAUAAGAAAAUCAAUUUAUUAAAUCGUGCUGCUGACACACUCGUACAGCAUCCGGUCGCUAUAGGCCAAUUGCCAGUAACCUUUACCAGUUCUCAGAUAAGUUUCAUCCUUCUAGUUUUGAGUUUGCCUACUAAAAUAUACGCAGGGAUCUUAGCCAUAGUUCAAGGUGGAUGUGAGUAGUCAAUCCAGCUAAGCUAAGCUAAGCUAAAAAUUACGCAGGGAUCUUAGUGCUCCCGUAAACUUUUCAAGUAUCCGAAAUUGUUGAAAAAACAAAAAGGUAAAAAAAUGGUCUGCUCGGAACCUUGAGCAGCACUGAUUGUUUCUUCAUUUGAUCAUAAGUUCAUUAUGCCAGCGGCUUUGGCGUAGUGGUUAGAAUUCAAGUCUUCUUCGCCAAGGUUCAUGAGAUCGAACCCGGUCAUGGCACACAU